UCCCAUAACGUCCCUUUGAAACGGGGAGAUACUCCUCUUGACAUUCAGACCUCUUUGGCUCCACAUGAGCAGUAACCCUGGUUGACAUUUAUCCAACGUAGCCAGCACAUACAGCAGUUGUACAGUAAGAUAAACAAGGACCAAACGUUGGCUACUUUGUAGGUUAACAUUAGUUAACUACAGUAUACGGUAUAACAACGACAGAUAGCUUCAGAGCCUACCUAGCUAACUAAACAUGGGGCUCCUCAGUACUUUAAAACCCCUGUUUUCCAUUCCCCCACACUGGGUACCCAUCAGGUGUAUCCACCCCAGACAUUGUUCUAAUCUAGCUAACACCAGUGUGACUUCAAGAGAGAGGAAGACAACUGUAGACAAGUUCAAGUCCCAGAUAUCCUCUGGUCCAAGCUUCCAGGAUUUCAUCAAAGGAGUUUCAGUUACUAACAAGACUUAUGCUGCAGAUGGAGAGUGUGACAGACAUAGCUAUCUGUCUGAGGACUUGGAGAUGGGGAAUUCAAGGAAAGUGUAUUUUGAGACCUAUGGAUGUCAAAUGAAUGUAAACGACACAGAGAUUGCCUGGUCCAUCCUACAGAGGAAGGGGUAUCAGCGCACGGUGGACUUAAGCGAGGCAGAUGUUGUCCUCCUGGUAACGUGCUCCCAUAACGAAAAAGCUGAACAAACAAUUUGGAAUAGACUAAAACAACUGACAGCGAUGAAGAAGAAACGGUUAAAGACCCACACACCAAUGAAAAUUGGGAUUUUAGGGUGCAUGGCAGAGAGGCUGAAGACGGAGCUUUUGGAGCGGGAGAAGCUGGUAGAUGUUCUCGCAGGUCCAGACGCCUACCGGGACCUUCCCCGCCUCUUGACUGUAGCUGACGGAGGUCAACAGGCAAGCAACGUGCUGCUGUCCUUAGAGGAGACCUACGCUGACGUCAUGCCUGUCCACCACGCUCCUCAGGGACGCAGUGCUUUUGUGUCCAUCAUGCGAGGCUGUGACAACAUGUGUACUUACUGCAUCGUUCCCUUCACCCGAGGGAGAGAGAGGAGUCGACCUGUCAGCUCCAUACUUGAGGAAGUUCGUAUGCUGUCGGAACAGGGUGUGAAGGAGGUGACUUUGCUGGGUCAGAACGUGAACAGCUACAGAGACACGUCAGAAGAACAGUUCUGCAGCUCAGACCUGACCCAGCUCAGCCGGGGCUUUAAGACCGUCUACAGAACUAAGCAGGGCGGUCUGCGCUUCUCCGACCUGCUGGACCGAGUGUCCCGCAUCGAUCCUGACAUGAGGAUCAGGUUCACUUCCCCUCAUCCCAAAGAUUUCCCUGACGAGGUUUUGCAUCUGAUUGCGGAGCGAGGCAACAUUUGUCAGCAGAUCCACCUUCCGGCCCAGAGUGGGAGCAGCAAGGUCCUAAAAGCAAUGCGCCGUGGCUACACGAGAGAGGCCUACCUUGACCUGGUGAAGAACAUCAAGAGGAUUAUCCCAGAGGUGAGUCUCAGCAGUGACUUCAUCUCAGGCUUCUGUGGAGAAACAGAGGACGACCACCAGCAGACUCUGUCUCUGAUCAGAGAGGUGGGCUUCAGCGUGGGCUUCCUGUUUGCUUACAGUAUGAGAAAGAAAACCCACGCCUUCCAUCGGCUACAAGAUGACGUGCCAGCAGAGGUGAAGCAGCAGAGGCUGGCGGAGUGCUACCGUGUAUUCAGAGAGGAAGCUGCAAGGGUCAACGCGGCUCUCAUUGGCAGCACACAGCUUGUCCUGGUGGAGGGAGAAAGUAAAAGAUCUGCCAAGGACCUGUGUGGGAGAACUGACGGUAAUAUAAAAGUGAUUUUCCCUAAAGAGGAUGUUGCUGCUCAGAAUGCAGAAUCCAACACUGCACCGGUCAAUGCUGGAGACUACGUGCUGGUGAAGAUAUUGUCGGCCAACUCCCAGACCCUGAAAGGCCGAGCCCUCAGUCACAGCUCCCUGAGAGAGACAGUGACACACUAUGAGGCUCUGCCCAGACAUCAGCUGGAUGAACAUGUGGCCAUUAAAACGGGCCCCUGAUGGAAGCAGGGGACACCACAGGAAACAAAGUAGCACACUGAUUUCUUCUAUUGAAUGACUUUGACACUAUGUGGAGUUUGGUCUUCCUAUGAACUAUGAAAACCGCAUUGUCCAAUUGUGUUAUUUAUACAGUCAGUACUACCUAUGUGUUUGUACGUAUUGAACUGAACCCUGUUAGGAUGCUGUAAAUUAUAGUGUUUGUUUAGUACAAACUACUGUGGCUGAUUUGCUUUGUCUGAAGCGGGGCUGCUUGAUUGAUGUCUUGGCAUUGUUUUUUCAUGGGACUCUCCAAACUGCAGUAAAAAUGUCAUGGAUCAG